UCUUCCGGUCCGUCCCUUUACACCUUCCGCUCGGUCCCAGGAGCAGCUGGGAGCUGAGGAUUCGCUAAGUUGGACAUUGGCAGAUUAAGAAAGAUCACAGGACACCAGAAAUGAAUGUACCAAAAGAUGGUUCUCCUGUUCCCAUUGGAGUCCGAAGCUACAAGGAUCACUGGCUGACUAAGCGGACUACAUUGAUAACUCCCACAGCAAUGCCAGUAAUGAUGGAGAAGUCGGGUUCAGCAGGAAUCCUGUCCCGUGGAACCAGGAUGAAAAGCAUUAACAAUGGAAGCAACAAUGGGAGCCAACACCCACGGCACUCUGAAGAGGAGAGCAGCGAUGAGGAACGCUCACAUGGAACUAUGUCUGCUGUUUCUAUUGAGUGGAAGAAACGGGAUCAGCACAGCCUGCAUGACAGUAUGAUCCGGGUUGGAUCCGAUUACCAAGCUGUUGUUCCAGAAUGUCAUCCAGACAGUGCUGCCCGUUUCAGUGAGAAGGAUACAAAGGGCAUGUUGGUAUGGUCUCCCAACCACAACAUUUCUGAUGCAAAACUCGAUGAAUAUAUCGCCAUGGCCAAGGAGAAGCAUGGGUACAACAUAGAACAGGCACUGGGGAUGCUCUUAUGGCACAAGCAUGAUGUUGAUAAAUCUCUCGCUGACUUGGCCAAUUUCACUCCUUUCCCGGAUGAGUGGACUGUAGAAGAUAAAGUGCUAUUUGAACAGGCCUUUAGUUUCCAUGGGAAGAGCUUCCAGCGCAUCCAACAAAUGUUACCAGACAAACUUAUCUCCAGCCUGGUAAAAUAUUACUACUCCUGGAAGAAGACCCGGACUCGAACAAGUGUGAUGGAUCGGCAAGCUCGCAAGCUGGUACACAAGAAGGAGCGGGAAGACAGUAAUGAUGAGGCAGAAGAAGUGACAGUGCAGAUUGCAGACGACAGUGAUUAUGAACCUGAUGUUAAGAGGGAGCGCUCUGGGGAGCAGAAACCCACAAGUGGCAAAUCAGUGACGGUGAAGAGAGAGUCUCAGAGCAUCCAGUAUCGCCAUCAUCCACCACGCUCAAAGAGACGGCCACCUAAGGACAUGUACCUCAGCCAAGAUGAAGUUGCUGGAGUCUCUGCUAACCCCAAUGCUGCCACCAUCUCUCUCCGACAGUUGGAAUCACAGCUCAUCUCCAUCAAGCGCCAGGUUCAGACAAUAAAACAGAUAAACAGCUCAUUAAAGCAAACACUGGAUGGGGGGAUCGACAAACUGCGACCACCAGAGUCCAAUCUGAAGCUCAACUCACGCUGGACGACCGAGGAGCAGCUCCUGGCUGUUCAAGGCAUUCGUAAAUAUGGGCGGAAUUUCCAGGCCAUCGCAGAAGUGAUCGGGAACAAGACGCUGGCCCAGGUGAAGACGUUCUUUAUCAGUUACCGCCGCCGUUUCAACCUGGAGGAGAUUCUGCAGGAAUGGGAGGCAGAGCAGGAGGUACAGGGCAAUGCUGGCAGUCUGUCGGGUCUGGACGAUGGUGGUGCCUGCAACCCAUCACUAGCUAGCAGCGAAGAGGAGGAAGAAGAGGAGGCCGAGGUCCAAGUGACGCCCGUACUUGCUGCCCCAGCUCCGCCCGCUCCGACCCCUGCUGCCACCCCGGUGACCCCAACGACCCUCUCACAGCCUCCGCCGCUGCUCAGACCGAGUCUGCCUGCAGCCCCUGCCCUCCACAGGCAGCCACCUCCCCUGCAGCAGGGCCGCUUCCUCCUGUCCCGGCCUCCACUCAAUCAACCACCUCCCCCACUGAUCCGGCCUGCAGUUGCACUGCCUCCAGGAGCUCGACCGAACCCACGGCCCAUCCUGUCAUCGGUUAGCUCGCAGCCCCUCCCCUCCCUCAUCGGUAUCCAGCUUGAAUCACCAUCAUCUUCUGCACACUGAGCUCCACCCAAGAUCACGAACAUCGUAGCUGCAAUCAACCAUGGCCUUGAGCAUCGCAGCUACAAUCAACAAAGACUGCAAGCCUCGUACCAACAACCAGUGAAGUCAUAAACAUUGUAGAUGAGAUCAACUAACUUGAAGAGCAUUAUAACUGCAAUCAGUGAAAACCAGGACUGCAAGCAUCGUAGCUACAAUCACCAACAACAGAAUGGCGUUUUAAGGCUUUUUUUGUUCACUAAUUUCAAAGCUUUAGUUUUUAAAAGGAAAAAUAAGGUUUUAACUUUUUGAUGCUUUGUUAACAUAUGGGAGAUCCAACCUCCCGAAUCUGUAACACUACAAAGCAGUGGUCUGCUUACUUCUAUUCACCCUGAGAGGAUUAACCAAGAUCACCUUGAAUUUUGGGAAUGGGCAUGUAGGGAUCAGUCCUGGAUCCCAAGAGGUGAGGAGAGGAUCAGUUCUGAACCCGAGGAUGGGAGAACAGAGUGGAUCCUGGACCCCAGGAUUGGAGAGGGAGGUCAGUCCUGGAGCCAGAAUGAGAGACAGACGGAUUCUGACCUCACCCUGAUCAAGGAGAGGAAGGUUAGUUCAGGAUACUGGAAUAUAUGGGGUAGUCAGUCCAGGUGAGAAGGAUGUCCGUGCUGGACUAGAUCCUGGGGAUGGGAGAAGUAGGUUAGUUCUGGAUCUUGGGUUGGUUUCAGGGUAAGGGGGUUAGUCCCAUUGGCCAUUUUCAGUUCUAUUUUACCUGGAGCCCACCCAGAAGUGUUAAUUGUCCACAUUAAGUAGCAGGAUUGUCUCUGAGACUCCCAGUCUAUUGAAAAUCUCCCAAGGGGGCAUUAUUCUCUUCCCUCCAGUCCCCUCUCUCCUUUUCCUACCCUGUUCACUUGCUGUUUUGAAUCUUCUGUAUCCUCAUGGUUCCUAGAUAGCUAGAAGGUUUCUAGAGUGCUAUUUCUCUCUGCUUGAGGGAGAAGCUAUCUGUCCACCCUGUAGGAUCAGGUGGCUGAAGGUGAUGAAAUAACUAAAAGUGAAGAAUUAAUAUUUCCUUUGUGAAACGUGAAAAGGGACCAUAUGUAGUUUGAGUGUCUGAGAUUGUUUGUAGAUACUGACUGCUUCACCAUAGGCCUUUGGGUGGUAGGGAAAAGUGUUGGUACGUUAAGAAGCAGAUAGCUGAAGCAGGGGUGGGUAGGGAGAGACACAGUCUGUAUUCCAUAUGACUGCAGUACACUUGAACAGUGUUGGGGUAUUCUUUAGUAGUACGCAUGGUGGCCUAGAGCAAUGUGUAAAAGUGUGUUGCUCUCCUUAACUGGCACUCCCAUUUUAAAGUCUGAAUUAUGGUUUUAAAAACAUAAACUGGGAUUUUCUCUUGGAAAUAUGGACAGAAUCUCAAUGUCAGAACAUUAGUCAUUGGGGAGGAUAGUUAGUGACCCAGUGAUCCUGAGAGAUUUUGAUUGGAGAAGUGUGAUGAGAUCACAGAGAUCUCAAAAGAGUCUAUGAGAUGAAGGCUUACUUGAGCAAUGUUGAGUUUUCCUACAAUUUUGACUCCUGGAACAAUCCAUUCCAGUCCAUCAUAUCAAAAGCUGUUUUAAAACCUGAUCUAAAUUUUUUCACUUGCCCCACAGCCAUGCAACAUUUCCCUUCUACCUUUUUUUGGAAUUGGGUGGCACAGUUGGUUAGCAUUGCUGCCUCAGGGCCAGGAACCCGGGUUGAUUCCACCCUUGGAUGACUGUUUGGUGGAAUUUGCAC